AUGAAACCAUUCCCAAAACUAGUUUAUUGUGGAUUUAUGGACAAUGAUAUUAAAAUCCUCGAAAUUGAUUUAUUUGACUUUAAUCCAGACUUACAACUAGUGUCAUUUUGGAACAAUAAAAUUAUAAUAAUUGGAGCUGCUGUUUUUGACAAAUUACCUAAGCUCACAUGGCUAUACCUAGACUUAAAUCGAUGCAUCAAUAUGAGAUCUGAAAGUAUAGUCUCUUUGACAAAAUACAUCAUUAGGCAUGUUAAAUAUAAGUGCAUUGAUCCUGAAACUAUCACAAGUGAUAAAACAAUUGACUUUGAUCAAGAUUUUGAGAAUUUGGAGAUGGUUCAAGCUGCUAUCAAUGAAUUGAAGGAGAAUAUCACAUCUAUUAAUGAACACAUUGCUAAUAUUGAGGAAACUAAUGUUCAGCUGAAAGAAAAGAUGGAAGAAUUUUCAAAUCAUAAUGGAAGCUACUUGUGGAUAGUCAUUGUCAUUUUUAUAGCUUUAUUAGCUGCUGGUGGAUUUAUUGCAUAUAAAAGAUUGAAUAUUUAUCGUUAA